UUAUAUAGUCCACUUCCAUCUAAAAUCAACAUGAUCAUUCUCUCGCACCCACACCACACACUUAUGGACUCAAAAUGGAUGACCUCCUUCCAUCCCAGAAGAAGCCACAUAAACCCAAACACAAAUCAAUCCUGGGCAGGAAGUGUUCACCAAAACAACCCAAGUGAUUUCAUACAUAUACAACUCAAGAUCAGUAGCAGUAGCUGUAGCGGGAGCAGGAGCAGCUGCAGCUACCAUGUUUGUUCCUCUCACCAACAGUUGCAGCAGCACAAGUCAUUGCUUGCUCAAAAGGCUUCUGCAAAGAAGGCAAAGACAGGUCCUGUCAAGGAGCCCAGGAAGAAAGGAACUAUUGCUGGGGCAAUUGCUUUGAUCAUUGGUACUAGUAUAGGCUCAGGGAUCCUUGCACUCCCAGAAAAAGCAUCUCCAGCAGGAUUGCUUCCAAGUUCAAUAUCCAUCGUGGUAUGUUGGGGGUUUCUCCUAAUUGAGGCACUUUUGCUUGUUGAAAUCAAUGUAAGCAUGAGGAGGAAGCAGGGGAAGGGAGACAGAGAGAAUGAAUUGGAGGUCAUUUCCAUUAGGACUAUGGCACAAGAGACUCUAGGAGAAUGGGGUGGAACUUUAGUCGCUGUGAUUUAUAUUUUCUUGGGCUAUACUUCGGUCAUUGCUUAUAGUUCCAAGUCUGGAGAGAUCCUCUUCCAUUUGAUCAAUCUCCCAGCUCCAGUUUCAGGCUUCUUUUUUACUUCACUUUUUACUCUGCUCAUUGCCAUAGGCGGGACUCGAGCUACUGAUCAAGUUAACCAACUGCUCACUGCUUCCAUGAUAGGUUUACUACUAGCAAUAGAGGUGCUGGCAGUUAUGUUUGGAGGAUGGUCAGGACUAGAGGGAACUGGAGACUGGGGCAAAGUCCCGGCUACAAUACCUGUGAUAAUCUUUUCUUUGGUGUAUCAUGACCUUGCACCUGUUCUUUGUGCUUAUUUGGGCGGUGAUCUCACACGCUUAAGGAUUUCGGUAUUUCUUGGUGGUCUUGUUCCAUUGCUGGCAUUGCUUGUUUGGGAUGCAAUUGCACUUGGCCUCUCUGCCCAUGCUGAUCAAGUUGUUGACCCUGUUGAAUUGCUUAUGAGGGUGAGAUGGAGUGGGGUUUCAUAUAUGGUAGAAGCUUUCUCACUCUUUGCAGUUGGAACAUCACUAAUUGGGACCCUUCUAGGCUUCUCUGAAUUUUUCAAGGAACAGCUUAAUAACCUAUCAUGGAAUUCUCCCCUCACACAAACACUCCAGAAACCAAACAUCUCCUUUGAGCUGAGAAAAUGGUGGGGAAGGAAUAAAGUUAGCUUCACAGCAGUGGCAAUGGUUGUUGGUCCAUCUCUUAUCGUGUCAACUAGCGUUCCAGAUGCAUUCUCCACUGCCACAGACAUUGCUGGAGGCUACUGUAUGACAAUGCUAUAUGGAGUUCUGCCACCAGCAAUGGCUUGGGCAAUGCACAAUAAAGAAUGUGAAAAUGGUGAGCAAAAGACUUUAUCAAGAGCAAGGCCUGUACUUCUUGGGGUAGGACUAUUCGCUUGCGCAAUAGUAGCUGAGCAAAUCCUGCAGGAUAUCCUCACAUUUCAUUCCUAGCAGGGACAUAAACUUAAACAACAACAUGAUUCUUUAGAUUCAUGAGGCCUUAUGGAUCUAUUAUUCAGCUAGCUAGAACCAAUACCAAGUUGUAGCUAACUAAAAUUUAAGGAUAUCGUGUAAUCAAUAGCUUUUUUACAAUUCAUGUAGCUAUCAACUUUUGAACAGAGAAACUGGAAAUUGCAAGUAAAGUAGGGACAAUUAAGUUUGGUUCUUGUC